GCAAGAAGAUGGUUAAUAAACUAUUAAAGCAAAAACUAAAUAAUGAUUUACAAACACAAUUGUCUAAGAAUCAGCUAUCAAAAUCGUCAAGGAAGAGAUUGAAUAGAAAGCAGAAAGGGAAUCUAAACGUUGACUUGACGGAUAUAAAGAAUGAUUUAGAGGAUAUGACAACCGAUAAGCCAACUAAUAAGGAUUUGAUAACUAAGAAUAAGAGCAAGAAAACAUCAUUAUCUAAUAAGCAAAGGAACAAAGAGUUACAAAAUGAACAGAAGAGGAUGUCAACGAUUCUACAGACGAAGCAAUUCAAAGAUAAUCCAUUUGAAAUUUUAAAGCAACACGCUAGUAAUUCAAUAGAGAAUCGCUCUUCAAGUUGAACCAUCAUCAUCAAAUGGAUAGUGACUUAACAGAAAAGCAAUUAAAUAAAUGGAAGAAAUCUGAAUUGGUUGAUAAAGCCAAAGAAUUAAAUUUAGUUUUUAACUUAAAAGAUAAAAAGUCUGUUUUAAUUGAAUUAAUCGUUAAUAAUCAAAACGCUAGUCAUCACGAUAGUCAGGACGACGGCUCAGUUGAUGAUCACCCAAAGGAUAGCAGCUUAUCGCCUAAACCUCAAGCUGAUCACGACAGCCAAUCCCAAAAGAAGAACAGUCCAACACCGACACGUAGUCACAGUCCACAUUCUGAUACCAAUCAGACGCGUCAUUUGACCAGAUCGCGUGAAAAUUCCAUAUCCGAAAAUCAACCACAACAACAGCCAUCUAACAACGAAGAUGAAACUGAAGAACCCGAAAACGUACAAGAUGAACAUCAAGGUACACCAGUAAAGCCACCAAGAUCAUCUCAGAAGUCUAAGUCACCUAGAAAUAAUUCGUCGGAUUCACAAAAACAGAGAAUAUCCCUACCAGACGCCUCCGAUGAAUCCAAUGACAAAUCAAGAUCUACUGCUCGUAAAUCAACGGGUAGUCGGUCAACAUCUAUUGAUAUCAACACAAUAAAAGAACUACAGAAAGAUCAAGAAGUUUCUAAAUUUAAUUAUGAGACUCUCAAAAGAACACUCAAUGAUGUUAAAGAUGACUUCCGAGGGGAAUUUCAUGAUAUAUCUGCAAAAGUCUCAAGUUUAUUAGACGAUCGUAGUGAAAGGGAAAAUGAAAUGCAAAAGUGGAAAGAUGUUUUCAGUCGCAUGAUUGAUGAGAAGUUGAAACCUCUAAAUGAUCAAAUGGAAACACUUCAACAAACUUUAGAUAAAGUUCAAUCAUCUUCACAAUCAGAGAAAACACAGUCAGUAAAUGCGAACAUACCAUUAUUAUCUAGGACGACAAUAAAUCAACCAACUCCUCGUAACAAAACCAUAGAGAGAGUUCAAACUCAAACUCAACGUGAAGAAUUAUCAAAUCCAUCCCCUGCUCCUAGAAUGCUUGGAAAGCAUUCACGACCACGGGAUUCGACUGAUAGUGACAUUGUUGAGACAAUUUUAUUGGAUGAUGACAAUCAGGAAUCUCGCUAUGAUGAAGAUGAAGAGCAACCACCACCAAAGAAAAGGUUUAAAGCAAGUGCAAACAUAUGGGGAGGUGCUUUAUCAUUAGAGCCAACAAAAUCUAUGCCAGACGUAUCGAAUACAGCUAUGAUGCCUACAUUUGGACCUCAGUUUAAUAAUGUUGCAAUAGUUAAUACCUCAAAUGAAGAGAGCUUAGGAAAUGGUGAGAAAGAUAAGAGUGUACCACCACCAACUCCACCUGCCACCAAAACACGUUAUGGUACAGAAAGAGAUUAUGAUAAUCGCUUUGCUGAUUAA